ACGGAGGAAGUACACACCCCUCCUGAUCACUAUGGAAACCAGGCCUAGGCUUCCGAUGCGAACUGGAGCUCCGGACCCGGGAUCUGACGGUCAUCGCGUGGGGCGAGGGGUUUGACCGAUCCCGGCGGCCGUCGUCAUGUCGUUUCGAGACCUCAGAAACUUUACUGAAAUGAUGAGGGCUCUGGGAUAUCCUCGACUCAUCUCCAUGGAAAACUUCCGCACUCCAAACUUUCCUUUGGUAGCAGAAAUUCUCAUCUGGCUGGUUAAAAGGUAUGAACCUCAGACAGAUAUCCCAACAGAUGUGGAUACAGAGCAAGAUCGGGUUUUCUUCAUCAAAGCUGUAGCUCAGUUCAUGGCUACUAAAGCUCACAUUAAACUCAACACGAAGAAACUGUACCAGGCUGAUGGUUAUGCAGUGAAGGAGCUGUUAAAGGUUACCACCGUUCUCUACAAUGCCAUGAAAACAAAGCGAAUGGACAGAGAUGAUGACACUGAAGAAGAGAGUUCCAAGUUCAAAUUUGAUUUGGGGUCAAAGAUCUCAGAUCUGAAGGCUGCAAGACAACUUGCCUCCGAAAUAACCUCUAAAGGAGCUACGGUCUUUGAUUUACUGGGAAAGGAAGUGGAGCUGAGGGAGAUGAGAACAGCUGCAAUCGCGAGGCCUUUAGAGAUCAAUGAGACCGAGAAGGCACUUCGAGCCGGAAUUCAGGAGAUUAUGGGGCAAGUGCAGAAGACCAAGCACAUGUUGAACAAUGUUGCCUCUGAUGAGGCCAACCUGGAGGCUAAGAUCGAGAAGAAGAAACUGGAGCUGGAGAGGAGCAGGAAGCGACUGCAAACUCUGCAGAGCGUCAGGCCGGCAUUCAUGGACGAGUAUGAGAAGAUCGAGGAGGAACUGCAGAAACAGUACGAGACCUACGUGGAGAAGUUCCGUAACCUGUGUUACCUAGAGCAGCAGCUAGACGAUCUGCACAGGGUGGAGCAGGAGAGAUUUGAGGAAACUGAAAAUACCCUGCGGCUGAUGCAAAAUAAACUGAAGGAGGAAGAGAAGAGACUGAUGAAAAACUCUGGAAAAGAUGAAGAUUCUGACUCUGACAUGCAGGAGGACGAUAGCUCAGACACCGACCUGGAGGAUGGAAGAGCACUGAAGCCACGACUCACCAGGGAGCUGCCAGUUCACGGGAGAGUUGGUGGUCGAGUGGUUGGGACGAUGCAUGGAGCUGACACGGAGGAUGAGGAUGAAUCGGACAACAGUGAAGAUGAUGAUGAAGACGAGGAAGAAUAUGAAAUAGUUGAUGAUGAUGAGAGUAUUGAUAUUCAGCCAGAUCAACCCCCGAUGAGAAUACACAAGCAGGAGCUACUCGAGGAGAGUGACAAUGACUUUUAGUUCAACUGCAGGCAACAGCCCCAAUGCACAACAAAGUUAGUGAUUUACACAAAGAUGUUUGUGAUGAACUUUCUGGCCAAGCUCCAGCUCAUUGUAUUAUUACACAGUGGAAAGACAACUGGAGCAGGUACAGGCUGUUACUGAAGCAGACAGCGCAUCCAGUUCCAGUACAAAAACAUUUAUCUGCUGCUUUUGACCUAGAUUCAAUACUGUAAAAAAUAAUUAAAGCAAAGCAAUUUCAAACUACCUGGUUUCCUUGAAAUACUGAUCACUGCAGCCAAUCUGAUGUACAAAUAGAAGUCUUUAUGUACUCACACUAUGGCUCUUCAAAAACACAGGCAUGAGCUUCAAGCAAAUGGGUGUUGCAGUAGCUAGUGGUUAGUGCCAUGCUAUUGCACCUUGAGAUUUCAUAGUUUUGAGUUCUAUCCUGGUAAGGAAGUCUGUGUUUUACCUAUGUACAGGUGAAUUUUUCCCAAGUGCUCCAGUCCCCCCCACCCUCCCCACCAUCCAGACAUUGGCUGUUCCGGGCUGAAUCUCUAAAUAAUAAAUCUCAAUAGAUCUAUUUCCCAUCAACGUGUUCAGGGUUUUCCUUCGGAGAUGACAGUGCAGGAUAGUUGAAAAGGCAGGUAGUAGGGUUUGUUUAACAAAUAACAACAAAGAGAUUAUUGCUGAAGGUUUUAAUAAGUCAAUGUCUUGCUGCUUACAGUAGCCACAUCACCAUUCAUUCCAUAUCUCUGCACCAAAAAGCCCGUCUAUACAGAUUUGCAAACCCAGUAUUUCUGAACAUUCACAAUAACCAUGGAUGAUCAAUGCAAUAUUUAUUCCUGGUUGCUAGACAGGUUCUGUAUAAAGAGCAAGUAUUGAUGCUUAGAUUAGCUCUGGUGAUGAAAUGGUACACAAACCAUUAUCAGAAUUUUGUUUAAAAACAGUUUGAGCUAAAUCUCACAUUGGUUGUCAGUUGUAGGGACAGUACAUUGAUAAGACUAUUUGCAUUUAAGACAUUUUGUACAUUUUAACAGUAUCAUUUUCUUUAUGGGAAUGAGUGCAAAUUAAUGCAUUCUCCACAAAGAAAUCAACAUAUAACUUGCUUCCCUCUUACUUUCCUACUAUAUACAGACACAAUCUAUGGACUUUACAAAAUUGAGAAGCUCUCAUGUGAUUCCACUGAAUGCACUGGUUUUAACUCCAGUACAAAUCUGCCUUCAUUCUAUAAAAAAUAACUUUCUACUGUAAAGGAUAGAAAAUUCAAAAUAUACAUCGAUUUACACUAGAGACAACGCAGCAAAGUUUACAAGCAGACAGCAAUGCCUUGCGUCAGACUCUUUGCAGGAGACACACGAGGCACUGGGAGAACUCCGAGCUGAAACACCCAGGGACCUCAUCACGUAACAGAACAUCUUUGUACGAGGUUGAAGAGACAUGGACUGAAAGGAGGCACUCCACCACCAGCAGCCGUUGUUGGUCAGUGAGAGAGCAAUUCCUCUCGUCCACAGAGAUGCAUCAUGCAUCAUGGAUAUGCCAAGGAAUAAGCAUUGCUCCAAUCUCACAGCAACUUUCCUACUGGCAAUCCAGGCUGAGAGGAAGGGUCCUGAGCACAAUGCUACCGGGGGAGGGGUGGGGAGACAUUCAGCAUAACUGAGCUGUGCAGUUCUCUGGUAUUCUGUGUGUAUGUUAUUACAGUCUGCAACUCUCCCACCCCUUACAUGAACAUCUUUACCAGCAAGUUAUCUCAGACCUUCAUCUACUGGGUCUUAGAACAUGCUCAGAUGAUUUUUUUUUGUUGAGGAUGAGUAGGUAAAUGAUAAGAACUAAAUAAAUAUCAUAGUAUCACUGGGCACCUGUGUUUAUUUGCAGAGACCUUGGGUCUGUGAGUAGGAGACCAGCAUUACAGGAGCAUCACCACAGAGCCAUGUUAAACAAUUAAUAUCAGUGCAACCAUGGUUGGACUAAACUAAGCGAGCAAAUGUGCAAACACGUGGUGUCAUUGUCAAAUUUUGUACAAAGCCGUUUGUUACUGGUGUGUUACAGUGAGUUGUGUUAUAUCCACAUUGUAGUGCAAUCAGUAUGUAGUGAGGUGUCAGAAGGAAUAUCAUUGAACUCAUGCAGACUGAUCCAGGGACUGAGGCUCAUCAAGCACUUCCCUGGACCACUGAAGUCUUAACAUAGUCUAUUGUGCCAGAGUCGGGUGCGCAAUACAAUCAUUUCUUAUAGGGGACAGCCGUUCCAAACUCAGCCUGACAAGCCAUAAUAAAGAGUCGGUUCAAGUCCCUGCUGACUGGAUUU